AUGAAAACACUCUCUGAAAACAAGACUUUUGUUUAACAUAUUAAAUAAAGACAAGAUGAUUUCAAAGUAUAUUCAUAUUCAUAUUCAAGAAAACCCUAUAACUUCCUACCAAAAAAGAUCCUCCUCUCCUCCAAUAAAAUAAUUUCAAUUCACUUACUUCUCCAAAUCAACGUAGAGAAUAAACUCCAAAUUAGAGAAAAGCUAAAAUUGAAAGUAUAUAUAUAUUCUAAAUAGGUGAAAAUUCAUGCUCUCCAACUCUUUUUCGUACUCCAUAAAUCAGCUUACAUUAUGAAUACAAUAAAAAAGGCCAUUAAAGAUAACCUAGUAACAAUAGAAGUCGUAAUGAAAAUAUAUCCACUGUCAAAGAAAGAAGAGAACAUAAUGCUGAUUCUGUUACUAGAGAUUACUCUAGAGUUUUAGAAGAAGUUAUGAAAAAAUAUCGUUUACUUAAAACAGAAUUACUUACAAAAGAUAAAGAAGUACAAAAAACACAAUUUUAUAAAGAAGAAUGGCUCAAAGAAAAGGUAUUCAUUCUUUAUAAUCAGAAACGUAACGAAUUCCUCUAAGAAAGAAACAAAAAUUUGAAAAUGAAAUUACUCAAAAUAAUAGAAUUAGUUUAAUAAGAUUAACUAUAAACUAAUGAUGAAUCGGAGGUACUUUAAUAUUUGUAUCAUGAUAGUUAAUAGGGUAUCAUAGCUAGUCUUUAGACAGAAAAUAAAUAUUUACGUUAAAUGUUGCAUCUAUAUGAUGUUACUGAUGUUUCAGAAUAACUUUAAUAACUUGAAAGUGAGUAAGAUCAUGAAGUUGACUAUAUUGAUAACAUACUCAACGUAUUCUUAGGUGAUCUUAGAACUAUUUAAAAAAACAGAAAAGAAAAAAAGGAAAGUUAAUAAUUAGGUAUUAUUUUACAAUUAUAUUAUUAGGAUAAUUCAAUUCACUAUCCUUGACAGUACUGAAUAAAGAAUCUAGUUUUGUUGAUUUAUCAGAAGAUAAAUUAUUAAUGGAAUAAUAAUGAA